AAACUGCCGCAAGCUGGCUUACAACAAGUGGACAUAUUAAUGUCUCCAUGCACUAUGAACCCAACUUUCUAGAGCGUAAAUGGGUCGAGAUAUUUGAUGGAACUGAAAGACCUGCUGUGCGUCUGGCAAUAGUACUGUUUCUCUGGCAUGAGUUUGUCUUUGUCACUCGCUACAUUCCCUACAUGAUUGCAGAUCGCAUUCCAUACUUUCGACAGUUCAAGAUUCAAGAUGUCAAGCCCAUCACAAACGCACAAUGGUGGAAAUGUGCAACCCAUGUUAUGUUUCAUCAAACCUUCCUGCAGCUGCCCAUGAUGAUGGCUUUCCAUCCACUUGCCAUGGCCCUUGGCAUGAGAUUCCUUGAAACCCCCUUUCCUACCAUCUCUCAUCUCAUCACCACCUCGUUGUUCUUUUUGUUUAUGGAAGACUUUUAUCAGUACUUUGCGCACCGUCUGCUGCACUGGGGCAUUCUUUACAAAAACAUCCACAAAUUACAUCAUGAAUUUUCCGCACCAUUUGGAAUUGCCUCGGAAUAUGCACAUCCAAUGGAAACACUUAUUCUUGGUCUAGGAUUCUUUUUGGGCCCUUUGGUGUGGGUACUGACGUUCCACGAUCUACAUGUGAUUAGUCUGGCAGUUUGGCUUGCUGUUCGACUGAUCCAAGUGGUUGAUUCUCAUUCUGGAUAUGAUUUCCCAUGGUCGCUUCGUCAUAUCUUUCCAUUUUGGGCAGGGGCAGAUUUCCACGACUACCAUCAUAUGGCAUUUGUAGGAAACUACUCGUCGUCUUUCCGUUGGUGGGACUGGGCAUUUGGAACCGACAACGCAUAUCAACAGUGGAAGCUCAAGAAGGCUACUAAAAAAUCUCAAUGAACACUCAAUGACUUAUAAAUAAAUGUUUUUGGAAGCAUGC